AUACACGACCCUGGUUCGGAGAAACUUCCUAAGGUUUGGGAAGCGAGGAGACCCCGAUAUGGUUGAACCUGAACAUGAUCUGGGUCGGAAUAUCGAGGAGCAGGACGAGAACCUGCUCCAGGUGGCGGAUCAGAACAGCAAUCUACUCCAUGUAGAGGAAGACCAGGACGGAGAUCAGUUCCUAGACCUGGAGCAAGAAGAACACGAUGAUGAACAGAUGGCAGGACUGGAGAAGAGAACCCGGAACUUUAUCAGGUUCGGAAAGCGAAGCAGGACGGAUUAUCCUGAACAACAGCACAGAAGGAUUUCAAACUUUCUCAGGUUUGGUCGGAGCUACAGUCCUCAACUCAGUGCAGAGAAUAAACCUAGGUGCCAAGACAUUCUGCCAGCAUACAUCUGUAUCCGAUUGACACCAAUUAGCUCGGCAAAAAGAAGACCUCAGCAGUAUCUUCGGUUUGGUAGAUGAUUUCUUCAUCUCUUCUCUUCGCUUCCAAUCUCCUCCUUGAUCCAUACCUUUCCGUCUUCCUGAUCAAUACCUUUCCAUCUCCUUGAUCCAUACCUUUCCGUCUUCUUGAUCCAAACCUUUCCGUCUCCUUGAUCCAUACCUUUCCGUCUUCUUGAUCAAUCCCUUUCCGUCUACUUGAUCCAUACCUUUCCGUCUCCUUGAUCAAUACCUUUCCGUCUACUUGAUCCAUACCUUUCCGUCUUCUUGAUCAAUCCCUUAACUAUCCUUGAUCAAUCCCUUCACUUUCCUUGAUCAAUCCAUUAACUCUCCUUCAUCAGUCGGUUCACUCCCCUUGAUCCGUCCCUUUACCCUCCUUGAUCAAUUCCUUCACCCCAUUGAUCAAUCCCUUUAUUCUCCUUGAUCAGUACAUUCACUCUCAUUGAUCAGCCCGUUUACACUUCUUAAUCAAUCCCUUCACUCCUCUUGAUCAAUCGCUUCUCUAUCCUUGAUCAGUCCUUCACUCUCCUUGAUCACCUUGUUCUUUCCGUUCCAACACGGCACUGAACAUCCGGCCAAUCAAUGCCCUUCGAUAAGACAAUCAUCCAUAUUCUUCAUAAUUUCAAGUCGGAAUCUAAAAACUUAAAGACCUGAAGUUUAUAAUACUUACAUAAUCAAAAUCUAACUCCGAACCAUCACCACCAACUGUUAAACUACGGAGAACGUUAAAAUUAAAGAAGCAACGACCUAUGAUGAUCCAUCAUGAUCUAGAGUUGAGCACAACUAAAACUCUUUCAAGAAGAUCAGAAGAACCUAAACUGAUCCAGAUUUUUCUAACAAGCAAGUUAAGCUUUGAGCUUUAGAGUACCGUAUACUCUAUACUGUACCCGGAGCAAACCUUUAACAUCUACCGUCUUAGUUCUCGGACCAGAUUAGUUGAGUAAUCUUGAGAACUGAUAAUUAACAAGAUAUAAAAUGGUUAAAGAGUUUCCAUAAUAACUCUCCUACAGCCAGAUAUUCUGGGUUUAAUGUAUCCUUCCCCCUCCCCCGGGUUCUUCUCCUGAACCUGGAUUCGUUUAGAUUAAGAUAAAAAUUAUUGUUUUUGUGCUAUCACUGCUAUCUUUAAUAUAUAUGUGUCCGAGGCUGGAA